CCAAAUGACAUUGCAACUACAAAUUAGGUCAACGCUUUACGCAACUAGUUGAAGAAAGUUAGUGCCACUUUUUGAGCUCACAGUAACUGUUCAAUUACUUCAAAGUGAUUCAUUCGCCAGAUAUUUUGCAACUCUUCAAUGCACCAGCUGUAUCGACUUACCAUUUUUGUGCACAAUUGACGGACUAUUUUGGUACUAGUUUUUUUUCCUUGUGAAACAGUCAAAAAGAUUAAUAUUCAUUUGCGGUCCAACAACAAAGUGAUAUGGAGUAUUAUAAAAAUGGAUUCAACUCGGACAAGACUUGUACCAAGAUUCGGAAACCUCCCGGAGGCGACUGCAGCGACAUUUUCAACCUCAGCCAGAGUUCACAGUCACCUCAAUUGAAUGCCAGAUCCAGUGUCUCAUUAAGCUCCAUGCGUCCUCAGUCAACGAGGAUUCCGUGGGGCACAGAAGAUGAUUUGAAAAAGUUACCCACACAGAAAAUUCCUACUACUCCACAAGCCAGACCUGAGCCAAAAAACGACUACCACCCGUUCUACGGGAAAACUAAUUCGGCCAGACGACACUUCGAUCAAGAGAGCGUGGAAGUCACUGCUCCCUUUGGAACAGACACCAACUACACAGCCAUCAAAACGAAAGCUAGACAUGCGAAUCACAGAACUACUACUCCUUGGUUCACAGAGUCGACAGGCGCUGAGGCCACGAAUGAGUCAGCGAAGAAAGAUAAGGCGAACUUAACAGAAGACGGAAAGCCUUCUUCUAGAAGAGAGUCUUUAUCUCAAAUACCGUUUUGAAUCAAAUCUCAAAGCAACUGUUCACAUUUGUUAGUUAUACUAUUUUCAGGCGAAUUAUUAAAGCAGUAAAUUGAAAAUUUUCAGCAGAAAUCUGUAAGAGUUUGUUGUAAAAAUUUCAUCAAUUGUGAGAGAGCUUCAAUUAAAAGUG